AUGUCUAGAUUUUCUCUCGCAGGUCGUACUGCGCUGGUCACUGGCGGGUCUCGAGGAUGCGGAUUGGGAUUUGCUCGUGGCCUGGCAGAAGCUGGAGCGAAUGUGGCGAUCUUCGACGUGAUCGAAAGAAGUGAGGGGUUCGAUGCGAUCGAGAAAGAAUACAAUGUGCGGACAGCUUAUUACAAAGUCGAUGUCUCGUCUCAAGAAUCACUCGAAAACGGCUUCCUUCAAUUCCAAAAAGACUUUGACAACGCCCUCGACAUCUGCGUUACCUGUGCGGGAAUAAAUCGCCAUCUUCCCUUUCUCGAGUUUACAUACAAAGAUCACCGUGAUUUACUGGCCGUCAAUGUGAUGGGACUCUUUUUUACGGCCCAACUGGCAGCCAGGCAGAUGAUUGCGAACGGCACGAAGCACGGCAGCAUUGUGCUGGUGGGCAGCGUGUCGAGCCACAUUGCCGUGCGCAGCCAGCUGUGCAGUGCCUAUUGUGGUUCCAAAGGAGCUGUGAAGUCCAUGUGUCCUGCCGUUGCAAAAGAAUUGGCUGAAUAUGGCAUUCGAGUUAAUACCAUCUCGCCGGGCUAUGUGCGAACCGAAAUGACUGCUUCAUUCUCGCAUCUUCUGGAAACGUGGAAGUCGGAAUCGAUGAACGGACAAGUGGCCGAACCGGAGGACAUGAUGGGGGCGUGUGUGUUUCUGGCCAGCGAUGCCAGCAAAUACAUGACGGGGCAGGAUAUCGUCGUGGAUGGGGGGGUUACUCGAUGGUGA